CUCUAACACACAAACAAACAUCCAAGACUUACUUUUUCCGGUGUUUGAGUGUUUGAAAUACACUACUACUAACUACUUGUUGAAUUCCAAAGCAAAUUAGACGUUUAUUAAUUAAUUAAAGUUUAAAAAAAACUAAUUGUUUAUCUAUACGCUAAACAUCACUUCCCGAAAUGUCCCAAACUGCCCUUUUACCACGUGAAUCAGGCGAAUAUAUUGUGAAAAAUGCCAAAUACCUAAAGGUUUUGGAGACCGGCAUAGAGAAGCUUACCCAGGAGAUCAUCAAAGGAAUACAGGAAAAGGUGAUUGAUGUCAACAAUUUCUCCCAGCACGAUUUGCAUCCAAAGCCCUCGGAUGCACAUGCCGUUGAGUGGAUAUUUGUGGUGGAUACUUUGAAUUUCUGUUUUUGGACACCAACUGAUUACACCAAAUACAAGGUUAAUGGCUACACGGGCUACUUUGCUCUGUGUGCUGCAAUUAACCGCGCCAUGAAGGAUGGUUUGGACAUUAUCAAUGCCGAUUAUUACAGUAAAAUAGAUUUGGAGACUGUUAAGCAUAUUUUUCGUUCAGAUGAUGGAGAAACCAUGGUUCCCCUGUUGGAGCAGCGUGUAAAAUGUUUCCAUGAAGUUGGCCAACGUUUGUUGGACAAAUGGCAGGGUAAAUUUGAAAAUGUUAUUCAUGCCGCCAAUGGUUCAGCUUUGGAGCUGUUGAAAUUAAUCGUCCAAGAAUUCCCCUGCUUUAGGGAUGAAGCAGAUUUUGCGGGCAAACGUGUUUCGCUCUACAAGAGGGCACAAAUUUUAGUUGGUGACGUAUGGGCAUGUUUCCGUGGUGAAGGUUUGGGGGCAUUUACAGACUUGUAUCACAUUACCAUGUUUGCUGAUUAUCGAGUACCACAAGUGUUGGUACAUUUCGGAUCAUUGGAAUACAAUGACGAGUUGAUGGAGGUUUUAAAAUCGGAUAAAAUUUUACAAAAUGGUGAACCCAUGGAAGUGGAGAUUCGUGGAGCCUCAAUUUAUAUUGUGGAAAAGGUCAAAGAUCGUGUACUACAAGAGUUGGAGCAGAAACAUCCUGAAAUAUCGAAGGAUAAUGUCAAUUCCAUACUAAUUGAUCACUUUCUGUGGGACUAUCGCCGUAAAUAUGCCAAAGAAUUGGAAUAUAUACCAUUCCAUAAGGUGCUGAGUGUUUAUUAUUGAUUGUAUAACAAAAAAAAAACGAACAAGUGUGCCUAUUCUAUGUUGACAAACAGGAAUUUCUUGUGAUAAAAAUAAAUGUUAAGAAAACAUUUGUAAA